ACUGUCUUUCCCAUCACUUCUCUCUGUCCUGACUUAAUCUGCUCUAAAUCUCACUUCCUACUCACUCACUUCAGUAUUUGUCCCCAUUAAAGUUCACUCUGCUGUCUCAGGUUUAAAAAAGCAGCAGUCACACUGGAGUGUGGAAUUCUUCACUGGCUUUGCUCCAGGUUGCUCUGGCUUCUGUCUCAUACACUCCCAAUCUCUGUCCCUCCCCUUUGCUCCCAGCGAAACAUUGCCUGCUGAGUCGAUUGUGCUGUCACAGGAUUUUUUGUGCUCUCUCUGGUCUAUUUUGCUUGUCACUGUGCUUUCUCUCGUGUGUAGCGUGAGUGCAGUGUGGACGUGGCAUCCCUGUGUGUAUGCGCAUAUGGCAUGUAACGGCUCCUACACAGUGGUUAUCGUCCCUCUGCAGAACAGCCUGUACAGCUCGGACGCACUGCGAUUCUUCCACUGGCUAAAGAAACUGCGUGCUCUGGAAAGAGAGAAGGACAGUCUAUGGAUUGGACUGCAGGUCCUGGAACGGACUCGGUUCUGGUAUCAACACCAGCUUGAUCAAAUCUCCCAGAGAAAUGCAAGGGUCGGCACAAGAGAACUCGACGAGGAAGAAGAGAGCUGGUCGUGUGCACUACGUUCCUCUAUGCAGCGUGUGAACGGAAGCCUGGGCAGUUUGCUGAACAAUGCAUAUGUGUGUAGUGCAGCACCAGAUGAGAUGGACGCCUCUGACUGGUGUCUGCGCUGGACCAAUGCCGUACUCACCCAGGAGGUGAGUCAAAAGAAUGACAGGAUUUCUAUUUUGGAGUUUGAGAAAGAGAUUCUCCUUCAACAACGGGAUGGAAUACACUACUUCUGAGGCCACAUCUGUGUACACACACACACACACAAAAUAUUCCAUCUACAUCUUUGUGAAAUGAUCAUGAAUGUGCUUUUGAAUGUACUUUAACCAAAAAUCUGUGGCCUUUUUGUAUAUAUAUAUUUUUAAUUGCACAUAAGAGUACACCUGUCUCUUAAUAUAAUAUUGUUUAUAGUAAGAUUUUGUCCCUUCACCACAAAUGUGAAUUGUGAAUUUUUAUGGUUGUUCAUACUUUAUUAAACCAACUGUCUGAUUCGCUGUGUCCAGUG